AAUGCCUCUGACAACUUCAGGGCCAAUUGUCUGGGUCAGAUUAUGCAAUUCACCUUGCAGAAGAGUUCUAAUUUUCUGUGUAGAAAGGAUUCUACUCCUUAGUGCUAUAGCAUUGAGCUUACUCGUCUUCUUCAAAGUCGUUUCACCAAAAAAUUGCAAAGCUUCACAUCAAAGUUUAAAAAGAAGACCCAUCGUAACAACCAGAAUAAGAAUUCAUUACGGAUGCAAUGAUAUUAAUGGUACAACGGUUCACCUAGUUGAGGGGGAGGGUCAUAAAACACGAAUUUAUGUUGAAGAUAUUUCCAGAGCUGGCAAACAUUCUCAAGUGAUAAAAUAUUAUCGUGUGGUGAAUGUCCUAGAUAACGAAAGCGAAGAUAUUGAAUAA